AUGAUUGAGACAUAUAGCACUUGGACCCAUCACGGGGAACAAUUAGACAUUGCUUCGUCUUCAAGGGCCACAAGAGUGGAGAAUGUUGAACCUAUUGUGGAUCCUAAUGAACAAGUCAUGGAUAUUCUAAAUGAUGCUUUUCCAUUUGCAUCGACCAGCAGCAAUCAAGAGGGGGAAGAUGACGUGCCUACAUUAAUGGACAGUGCAGAGCUCGAACAGUAUGAAAAACUAGUACAAAAUGCCAACCAAGAGUUAUACCCGGGGUGCGAGAACUUUUCUGUUCUCACGGCCAUUGUGGAGCUAAUGCACGGAAAAAUAAAGUAUCGUAUGUCGAACCUGUGUUUCGAUUACUUUUUAGGGGUUUUUAAGAGAAUGCUUCCAACGGACAAUUGUUUGCCGAAAGACCACCGACAGGCGCAAAAGGUGUUGAAUGGUCUUGGAUUGGGUUAUGAAAAAAUUCAUGCUUGCAAAAACAAUUGCAUGUUAUUCUACAAAGAGUAUGAAACAUUGGAUACAUGCCCUAUAUGCAAUGAGUCAAGAAUGACUAAGAUUCCACAAAAAGUCAUGCGUUAUCUGCCCUUGAAACCUAGGUUGCAUCGAUUGUAUAUGUCGAAGCAUAUUGUCACAGAUAUGAGAUGGCAUAAGGAAAAACGGGUAGAUGAUGAUGUGAUGUGGCAUCCUGCAAAUGGGGAAGCAUGGAAAGAGUUUGAUCAAAUGUUCCCUGAGUUUGCUGCUGAUCCCUGA